AGGCAGUUUUGGGUCAAAUGAGGUAUGUCGUAGCUCAUUGGUUUCAUGGAAGAUAUCCGUGCUUGGAACCAAGCGAACGGAAAAGACAGUGCAUGGAAUUGAUGCUGAAUUGUCCAGGUUCACUGCAGCGGCGGGUCCUUUGGGUCGCUGUGCUUUGGUGGCUUUGUGUGCUGGGAUACGGCUACUUCAUGUGGAUCUCCAAGGGCUGUGAGCCCUACAUGCCCUUUAUCUCAGACAUGGGCCUCAACGCCCAUGUUCCGAAGGUCUUUCUCAUGGGGACUAUGGUCGAAGGCCUCCUCAUCAGUUCAUGGCUGCUUUGGGCCACCCUGGCUCGAUCUCACAUCUUAAAGCUGCUCCGUUUGCGCUUCGUUGCACUGGAAGCUUUGUGUGUGCUCUGUGGUGCCAGUGUCGCUUUGGGCACCUUCUUCAUCGGAGUAUUCCCUUGGGAUGUUUACUCCUACCUGCACUUUGCAUGUGCGAGUGGCGUAUUUUGGGGCGGAUGUUUUUACUCCUUCUUCACCUGUUUGUUGUGCCUGGGCAUAAGCUGCGAAUAUCCAUUGAAUCUGCUGGGAACCCGAAGUCGGUGGCGCAUGAUGUACACCUGGCUAACGCCCCUCUGUGGCUUCUGCUUGUUGGCGGUGUUUCUUUGCCUCUUCGCUGCCUACGAUACAAGACCAGAGUUCUUUAGCUGGACCUGGUGGCCAGAGAUUCAGGCUUCUGCCAGAGAAGACUUCCUUGGCUAUUGCAGCGGUCGAAGCUGGCAUGGCUUACCCUGGGUGAACAGCUGUGCCUUUUGGGAGUGGGCCACCUUGAUGCUCCUCUUCGUCUCCAUGCUGGCAGGCCAAGCUGACAUCGAGCUGUACCUCGAUUUGAAAGGAGGAACCCAAGCGGAACUCCUUCCUUUCGAUCGACUGGAGGGAUCAGAGCUGCUGGCGGGGCGCUGGCGAAGCCCUUUGGGCACCUUGGGAUCAGCGCGAUGCUGGUGGCUGGCCUUGGUGCUAGGCCCUCCCAGCGUCUUCGCACUGAUGUACUUCAUUUGGGUGCACGGAUGCUCUCCUCUACCCCCACUCCUGUCACACUUUGGCCUGAACAAGCACACCAGCUGUAUCUUUUGUAGUGGUCUGCUGUUCUUCGACAGCAUCUUUGCGAUUUGGCUCUUGCAUCUUCUCACCGGACAGUGGGCCACUGCUCAGCGACGGGAUUCUGCCUUUCUGCUACUUUCUGGUUUUCAGGCUACAGGAGCCAGCUUGAUGGUGGUGGGCUUUGGGGGGAUCGGCUUUGUGAGAUGGGAUCUUCAUUUGGCACUUCACGCCCUUUGCGGACUUUGCAUUCUCAUAGGCUUUGGGCUUUGGUCCACGUGUGAACUGAUCGGGACAUUCCCAGAGCUGUUUGCGAAAGACAGGCCUCGAUGGCAUCGACCCCUCAGACUGUUGCAAUACUUGAGCUGGGGAGGGACCUGGUUCGCCCUCUUUGCUGGUGGAUCUGGGAUGAGCUUUCAAGCUGCGGUGAGGGCAGCCUCCGGCUGGGCAUGGCUGCCUGCAACCUUAAGUUUUGUCCAUGAGGACUUUGCACAAAUCUGCAGUGGAGGAAGCCCGACAUUUUCUUGGAGCCACUACUAUGCUCUGUGUCAGUGGAUGUGGAUGGGCUGCAUGCACUGCUUUGUGGCGUGCUCCAUUUGCGACUCUGAGGUCUACUUCUUGGUCAGCAAGGUGGAGGAGUCCGGUCAGCACCGCUCCCUGAGGCCUCCACUGCGCAUGGUCCUCUUGCUGGGCAUCGCUGCAGCAGGCGACGGCACGGCCUCCUCAACUGGGGAUUGUACAAACCUCUUCAACUGGGGGGGCUGAUCAAUCGAGCGUCUACAGCCAGCAUGAUCUGGAGAUGGUUUCAUGCAGUCUUUUUGCUCUUUAGAGCAGAAGCCACCUUUAGAUUACUGAGUCAUCAAGCCUGACAUGAAUGGAGGAAAAGAGACGGGACAAGUUCCUCUUCCUUGGAACAUCGACAUCAAAUGUGCACGCUGACAACUCAUAGUUUGCAAAUAAAUAAUGCCAUGCUUGUUGGUCAGAAAACAUGUGCAGUUUUCCAGUGAUGGUGCUUUGCUCAGGACUCUUCCGCUUGAUUUGGAACACUUGGUAGCUCUGAAAGUCUCAAUGGCUGUGGCUCAAUAGUCUUGAUCCUCCACCCAGAUUCUGGUUCGCUGACAAAGCACAAGAGCAAAGCGCAGCCAAAUCUUUAGCUUGGGCCAAGCCCGCUCAAUUGAGCUGUUGAGCGCCGCAGAAGGCGCGCCACUGGAGACUUCUCCAGGAAGAGGUUCCAAGCAGGACUUGGCUCUACCAACGAUGUGGCAUGGCUUUGUGGGUUGCAGAUGGCUAGUGCUCCAGCUGCUUGAGCUUGAACUUCUCUGAAUUUGGGUAAGUUCCCCCAAUUUUCGGUGCAGUGUAGAUCGAUGUGGGGCUGGUCCCAAAGAGGCUCCAGCUAUUUCAGAGCAGCGGCUCACGGCAAAACUGCCGUGCCAGGCUCCCAAGCAGCGACUUGUGAACAUCCCUCCGUAGAUCAGCUACGAUUGGUUUUUGCAGAUCUGUUCUCCACCCUGGCAGCCAUGUCUCCACACGGAUGACACCUCUGACUGCUC